UUUCGGGGGGAGAGGCGAGUGUCCGGCGUCUCCUCUUUCCUUCUUCUCUUCCUCCUGGAAUGCUACAACUGGGCUGAUGGACAUUUCCGAACUUUGCAUCCCUGAUCCUCUCAGCUAUCAUAACCAGCUGCUAAACAGGAUGGCUGCUGAGGAGCGGCACAUGACGUCCAGCUGUGGUUCCUACAUCAAGACAGAGCCCUCCAGUCCGUCCUCUCUGGUUGACACGGCCAGCCACCCCAGUCCCGGCGCGCAUUCGGACGCCAGCGGCGGCUACGGCAGCGUCAUCAACAGUCACUCCAACGGCCUGGACUCUCCGCCCAUGUUCACGGGGGGCGGGCCGCUGGGCGCGGCGGGGAGCGCCUGCCGCAAACGCUACGAGGACUGUUCCAGCACGUUACUGGAGGACCCCGGCUCCAUCAAGUGCGAGUACAUGCUCAACUCCAUCCCAAAACGCCUGUGCCUGGUGUGUGGAGACAUCGCGUCGGGGUAUCACUACGGCGUGGCCUCCUGUGAAGCCUGCAAGGCCUUCUUCAAGAGAACAAUACAAGGUAACAUUGAGUACAGCUGUCCGGCCACCAAUGAGUGCGAGAUCACGAAAAGAAGACGCAAGUCCUGCCAGGCGUGCCGCUUCAUGAAGUGCUUGAAAGUGGGCAUGCUGAAGGAAGAUGUGCGGCAGGUGUGUAGUGUCACAUAUGGAGGCCUGACACCUCGGUCACACGCUGAGAGCGCAGCACUCGUCCCGCUGAAACCUCGCUUGCGUCUGUCUGCCUCUCAGGCUUGUGUUCGGCUAGAUCGCGUACGAGGAGGCCGACAGAAAUACAAGAGGAGAAUGGAUGCAGAAAACACAGCCUACCUGGGGCUCACACUGCCACCGCCAGCCAAAAAACCCUUGACGAAGAUCGUUUCCCAUCUGCUGGUAGCGGAGCCAGAGAAGAUCUACGCCAUGCCAGACCCCACCAUGCCUGAGAGUGACAUCAAAGCGCUGACCACGCUGUGUGACCUGGCCGACCGAGAGCUGGUGGUCAUCAUCGGCUGGGCCAAACACAUCCCAGGUUUCUCCAGCCUGUCUCUGGGAGACCAGAUGAGUUUACUGCAGAGCGCAUGGAUGGAGAUCCUGAUCCUGAGCAUCGUCUUCCGCUCGCUGCCCUACGAGGACGAGCUGGUGUACGCAGAGGACUAUGUGAUGGACGAGGAGCACUCGCGGCUCACGGGCCUGCUGGACCUCUACGUGUCCAUCCUACAGCUCGUGCGCAAGUACAAGAAACUCAAGGUGGAGAAGGAGGAGUUCGUCACGCUGAAGGCCAUCGCACUCGCCAACUCAGACUCCAUGCACAUAGAGGACGUGGAGUCGGUGCAGAAGCUCCAGGACGCCCUUCACGAAGCGCUGCAGGACUACGAGAGCUGUCAGCACACAGAAGACCCUCGGCGGGCGGGGAAGCUGCUCAUGACGCUGCCGCUGCUCCGGCAGACGGCCACCAAGGCCAUACAGCACUUCUACAGCAUCAAGAUGCAGGGCAAGGUGCCCAUGCACAAACUCUUCCUGGAGAUGCUGGAGGCCAAGGUCUGAUUGGCUGCUCGUCGCGUGACAUCAUCGAGCCAGAGACUGCGGAGCACAGCCUGAGACGUUUUUAAAGACGUGAAAAAAAAUUAAUAACUGGGUUUAAAGCAUAAAUAUAAAUGGAAAAAUAAUUUAAAAAUCUAUAACAAAUACUAUGUACUUGUACAGUGAUGCUUUUUGUUCUUAAUCUGUGCUUAUAUAUGAUGGAAGACACUGUAAGUCAUUUCAGUUCAGCGAAUAGUCAUUUUUUCUUUCCGCUAACUCUCCGUACGUGUCGCCAACAACCUCAGUCCGGCCCUCGGACGAUGCCAGGACACCUUGAGGACUUGUAAAUAUUCAUGGCAGGAUUUGGCCGAGGCUGGACGUGGAAGCUGCUGCCGGUUCUUCCCUAAAUGUGAACAUGCUGACGUCCUUGAAAAUACCUCUUCUUGAAUCCUGGGAGGACGACGCUUGUGGCGCGUUCAUCCGGGAUCUCAGUCAUCUUACUCUAGUAACUCAGCAAUAAAUCGAGCCGAUGAGGAGCGCCCACCUCUUGAGUUGCACUGUACUGCUUUUUUAAACGACUUGUUAUUGUUGUCGCUGAUGUUUUGGCCUGGAUGUAGUUUCAAAGGAUUUACGACGUGUGGCAGAAGUCCAGGACACUCCGUGUUAAAACAAUCACAUGCCCAUAUGUCAAACAACCUAUCUUGGGCUUGUUAAGCCACCGGCGGAGGAAACGAGGUGCCUGUCAUCAUCUGCUCAGACGCUGCCAGGACUUUUAUAGCCAUGUAUCUGAAUGAAGGUGGGCGGCAGGUGCAGGUCUUUAUCACCAGCUUUAUUUUUAGGUCUUGGAAGUCGACAGCAGAUUGAACAGGAGGGGUGUUUGACCUCAUGUUGACACAAUAGCAUCGCUUCGAAAAUGGCUUUCGAACUCGCCGGCACCAUAAACAGCUUAUUACCCCUCGAUCCACUUGACAGCAGACCACCGUACGGCCAUUAGUCCGAGAUAUCCAUUAGGAAUGGAUUCAGUGCUGUGACUGAAGGGUCACAGGGUUUGAUUGUGUCCUGGGGUUGCGUUUCCCAAAAGCAGCUAUGGUCACCAACAUACAGUAGUUUAGUCGGUGUUUCCCGAAGCCAGAUGCUUGUGAAGACCAUCACAAGUUUGUGUGGCUGGAAGUACAACUUUCGACCUGUGGUUAUAAGGGUCUUGUUGGAAUGAAAUAGACUUCAAUAGAUUGUGCUCAGUUUGCACAUUAAGCAAGAUAGCAUGCAGUGCAUUCUAUAGCCUUCAUUGCAUUUACAUUUUCAAUUCAAUUGUUUGGAUUAAACGUUGAAAUAAAGCAACCAAUUACAUACCACAUGAUAAUGUGAUUUAAAAAACAAAUGGCUUUCUGUUGUUCGUGGAAAUUAACUAUAACAAUCAGACAAUAAAUGUACGGUAAAAGUAAUAAAAUUAGCAAAAAAUGUCUGAAGAACUUUCAAAGCUGUUGCAUGGGGAAUUCAUGUGAACUAAAUCUGCAUGACUGUGCAAAACUCUCGAUAACGCAGAUUCCGAUUGGAUUUCGCCUGUUAAAGUGACCACAUCUUGUUUGCAAUCUUGAACUGAAUAAUUAGCAGUUGUAAUUCCUCCACUACCGGAGUGUGAAAUCAUUAACGACAGGCCUAUUUUGUUGAAGUGUGAACGUGCUACUAUGGUUUUGGGAAACAGUUGUGACUAGUUAGUUGCAUUGCACUUUGGUGGUUAAGCAGCGAGUUUUGUCAUGUUUGGGAAACGCACCCAAGGUCGAAUCUCUCUCUGCAACAGUCUCGAGCCGACCAGACGAGAUAGCGAGCGAGAAGAUAAUACAGGGAUUCAUUUUAUAUGCAGCGGCGCAACUGUGUGGAUUCGCAUUAGGGAUCAAUUCUGAUUGAAAUCAUGCUUCAAGCUACAGCACGCAAAUGCUAAAUUCACAUAACACUGAGUUUUGAAUACGCAAUUCAUAACGUAACGCAAUAGUACCGCAGUGCUUCAUGAACAUCUGUUAGUCCUACACUGAGAUGGACACAUAGUAAUGAACAUAUAUGCAACUUUCACGUAGCUACCUCAUCAUUCAUCCACGUCUGGACAUUCUGUAAAUACUCCUCUGUUUUGUAGUGCCCUUUAUUUCGCCCGUUUCUGGCUUGUGGACAUUAACACAACUUCUGGUAUCACUAGAUAACUAGGUUAACUUCUCAUACCAUACUAACCACCAAAGCACACUACACUCUUACCAUGUCCUGUUUGGUGAACAGAUCUAGGUGCUUUUUUUCUACUUUUUUUGACAACGGGACACUUGGACACAUUCAUCAUCUACCCAAAAACACAUUAAUGUGUGAGUGGCAUGAAUGUUGAUCUGUGGCUCUCCGUUCACUGUUUAGGAAGGAAAAGAUGCAUAUCUGUAAAUGCUGUCUUUUAUUUAUUUGCUUCUCUGUAGCAUGUCAGGGUCAGAAUUGGUCCCUCAAUGUUCAAAAUGAUGAAGGCUCUUGAUCUUCUCCUCAAGAUAUUGAUUGUGUAUAUUAUAUCACUUUGGCCACACUGUACUGUACAAUAAUAUUGUUCAUUUAACAAA